AUGGAUCUCAUCGUCGGCAUUGACCUGGGCACGACGGGAUCGCGCGUGGGCGUGUGGCGCAAUGAGCGCGUGGAGUUCAUCCCCAACAGACAGCAGGCCUACUGGACGCCGUCGUAUGUGGCGUUCACGGAGACGGCGCUGCUCGUUGGUGAAGCUGCCAAGCGCCAACUGACAACCAACCCAGAGAACACGGUCUUUGACUUAACGCAAUUUGUCGGCCGCAAGUUCUCAGAACUGCGAGAAAGCGUCAUUGACUGGCCGUUCAAGGUGGAGUGCGGGCCGGAAGAUACGCCUCAAGUGGUGGUGCAGUACAAGGGCGAGACCAAGAGCUUCAUGCCGGUCGAGAUCAUGGCCAUACUGCUGUAUGAAAUGAGGAAGAUAGCCGAGAUCUACCUGGACCAAGAGGUGACGAAAGCUGUGUUUACAGUACCGGGGAGCUUUAACUACUUCCAGCGCCAGGCGAUGAAGGACGCCGGUGCUAUCGCUGGACUUGAUGUGAUACGUUUAGUCAACUCAGCGACUGUUGCUUGUAUCGAGUAUGGGUUCAACACUCUUGUCGGCAGGGUGGGAGAGCUCAAUGUGCUCGUUGUUGAUUAUGGGGCCAGCUCCCUCAACUUCGAUAGUCGGCUCGUUGAACACUUCGCGGCCGAGUUCCAGAGAAGGCACGGCAAGGACCUUCGCUCUGAUUCCUCUGCGGUGAUGCGUUUGCGUACGGCUUGUGAACAUGCUAAAAGGGCUCUGUCCUCGUCGAUGGAGGCGUUCAUUGAGCUCGAUGCACUCCACGAUGGCAUCAACUUUUACUCAAUGAUCAGAUGCGUGUGGAUGGAGCGUUUGUGCGCUGACUUGUUUGACAAGAUGCUGAGGCUCGUGGAGAAAUUGCUGAGAGAGGCGAGACUGAGGAAGGACCAGGUGGAUGAGAUCGUGCUCGUGGGCGGAUCGACUCACGUUCCGAAGGUGCAACAAAAACUGAAGGACUUCUUCAAUGGGAAAAUGCUAUCUCUUCGCCAGGAUGAGGCUGCCGCAUUCGGUGUCGCUGUACAAGGGGACUUUCUUGGUGGUCUUCCAUCGCCAAAGCUGGAUGAAUAUAUGCUACUCGAUACAGCGUCGCUGGAGUUCUCUGUGGAGAUCGACGACUGUAUGAUGAAGGAAGUGCCGGUCUCAAAGAACAGUACACUCCCAAUGCGGAAAUCGCGGACGUUCUUGACGGCCAACGCUAAUAAGUCGACCAUGCGUAUCAAGGCGUUCGAAGGGGAAGCUACAACAGUGGCAACCAACCGCCUGUUGUGUGAGUUUGAGAUGGACGGCAUUACCAUGACGCCUGGCCGCUUAUCAGAAAUUGAAGUUGCAAUUGAUGUCGAUGCAAAUGGCUCCCUGACAGUGUCGGCGGUGGAGAAAUCGACUGGCAAGGAGAAAAAAAUCACGAUUAACUGUAGCCGCCUGUCGACGUCGGAGGUUGAGCGUAUGCACUCGAACAUCGAGGAAACGUUUCUGGAUCCAGAGGAAGAAUUGCGCAUCCAAUCGAAGGCGGUGCUGGAGCGAUACGCGAAUUCAGUUUGCAGCUCCGCAGCUAAGCGGAUCGCUAAGCUGAAGCGGUCGCUUGCAAAAGAGUACACCAUCGAGAGCAGCGCAAUGGAGGCACUGCAGUGGCUGGACACGAAUCCAUCGGCCAAGAAAGAGCAUUUUGAUGCCAAGAGGCAGAAGCUGGGGGAAAUGGCGACGCCAUCCGGGCAGAGAAAUUCUGGUGCCGGGGCAGCCUAG